AUGUCAACAGUUGGCUGCUUGGAAUACGUCACGAACAAAUUAUUCCUAGCUAAACGGGAGAAGAACCUUGCAGCGAUAAUCUUCAUCGAUCUCUCCAAUGCGUUCAACGCAAUCAAACUGGAUAAGUUAGAGCAAUGCAUGUUAUCGUUUGGACUUCCACCAGAAUUUCCUAGUUGGGUGCUAGCUUUUCUGGCAGACAGGAAAAUACAGUUGCAGGUCGGAGCUGAUACGCUAACACGACAUGUUAGCCAAGGCCUUCCACAAGGAGACAUACUGUCACCGACGCUCUUUAAUAUUUAUACUGCCAAUCUCCAUAGUAUCCGGGUAGAAGGUGUCGAACUCGUUCAGUAUGCGGACGACUUCGCCGUGAUGAUUGAGGGACGAGACCUAGAAGAAAUCAACGAACGAGGUAACCAGUUCAUGGAACGUUUUGUGGAGGCAGCAGAUGAGCUGAAUUUCACCAUCAACGCGCAGAAGACUAAGGCUAUAUUGUUCUUGAACUCUCCGAAGGUUCUGAAUAUCCAUAUUGGCACGGAUGUGAUAGAAACAGUCAACUUCCAUAAAUACUUGGGUCUAUUGAUAGAUAGAUCGCUAAGGUUCGGCGCCCACUUAAGGGACCUCUCCAAGCAGGCGGCCGAUCGCCUAAAUAUGCUCAAGGUCAUUAGCGGUACCAAGUAUGGCAGUCACCCAGCGACACUUGGUAUGGCCUACAAUGCUUUCUUUCGGGGCUUCAUCGAAUAUGGUUCUAGUAUAUACAGCUCUGCGUGCAAAACUAAUUUGGAGCGAAUUGAUGUUAUCAAUAACGCCUGCCUACGAAGAAUCACAGGUUGCACCAAAACAACACCUAGAAACACUUUACAGGCCAUAGCUGCACAGCCUCCGCUUCAAUUCAGGCGGCUGAAGGUAGUUGGAAAGCAGGUGGUCAAGCACUAUUACCGGAAAACUCCUAUAUGGGAGCAGAUCAACAACUGCGACGUGUUGGACGAAUCGAAGAGGUACACCUACAUCGAGCAAAUAGCAGCACAACAUGCAGAAAUAUUCCAGGACAUGACAUGUGCAGUUUCAGCGUCUCCGUUAUCAGGAUCAGUGGACAUCUCAACAACACUGAAUGAGGAACUGUGGCCCAAAAAACAGACCAACAUCAGGGUGCUGAGGCAGCUUACACUGUCUCUGAUCCACGGAAAAUAUCGAAAUCGUCCUAUUAUUUAUACAGAUGCGUCAAGCAAUGGUAUGGAAUGCGGAAUUGGGGUUUUCCAUGAGCCAAGCAACACCAGACUCAGCUUGAAACUGUCAAACUUCGUCUGUAUCAUGUCGGCGGAGAUCCAAGCAAUCUUCAUAGCGCUACAGUACAUCAAUCGUAAUGGUAUAUCCAACGGAGUCAUAAUGACGGAUUCCAGGGUUGGCUGCGAGUUCAUUCUGGAUCAAAUGGACAAAAAAGUGCGAGAUUACCUGAUCAACCAAAUCUUGGUCCUGGCGGCCGCAACGAUGACGUCUAUCCAAUGGAUAACAGGACACACGGGAGUGCGAGGUAAUGAAAUGGCGGAUCAACUGGCCAAACAGGUCCUGGAAGGAGACAUCAUCUGCAUCAACAAAAUACUGCUUCAUGACGCGGUUUGGUACUUCCAACGUCGCAGCGAGGAGGAUGCUCAGCAAUGGUAUCUGGACUACUCGUCAGAGCUUGGAAAGGGCCGCAAGUACUUUCAGAUACAGAACACUAUCCCUCAUAGACCCUGGCACUUUAAGUUAGAUCUAAAUAACAAGGAAGUACGCACUCUCAAUAGGCUACUCUCUGGUCACGAUUUUUCACGCUACUGGUUAUUUAAAAUGAAACUGGCAGACGAUUGUAUUUGCGAAAGCUGCGAUGUAACUGAAGACGCCGAACACAUAAUCUUCUACUGCGUAAAAUAUGCUGCGACAAGGAACAAAUAUGGACUGUGUUACGUUUAG